CUUCCUAGUUCCGUCCAAGGCUCCACCCAGCGCUCUUUCUAUCCCGCCCUCGUUCAUCCUCUUUUCUAAGCCUUGUCUUCUGUAUUUUUGGGCUGUCAUUUACCAAGCGGGCUUGGUCAGGUGUUCUCGGGAAGCGUUUUUGUUUUUAAUUUCAUUUUCUGCAUCUGGAGGGGAUACUUCAUCGCCAUGUUCAGACGGAUUUUGCAGAUGACACCAGGGAAAGGCAGCUCCCAGGGCUCAGACUCCGAUCAGCCAGCAGCUGCUGAAGUAAAUCAUGAAGAAUCCUCUGAGGGGUUCAUCUGCCCUCUCUGUAUGUGUUCUUACAAAACGUCUACUGACCUGUUUGACCAUUACCAGAGUGAGCAUGGGGAGGCAGACACAAAGCCACAGGAGCAGCGAAAUCCACUACCUGUUACCGGUUUUAUUUGUCCCCAGUGUAUGAAGUCUCAUGCCUCUGCAGAAGAGCUAUUCAAGCACUAUGAAGCAUUUCAUGAAUCCAGUGAUCAGUCUGUUCACAGAGGGUCAGACAACCAGACCCCAGGAAGGGAUAAUUUAACAUUCCUUCAGCAAGAAGUGCAAGAUCUACAAGCCUCACUUAAGGAGGAGCGCUGGUUUUCAGAGGAGCUGAAAAAAGAGCUGGAAAAAGUACAAGGGCAGCUGAAGCAAGGUCCUCUGACUGAUGGGAACACUGCGGGAUCAACAGAACUGCACUCUUUAGAACUCAAGCUGCAAGAAGCUGAAACAGAAAAGUUCAACAUCAAGCAGGUGAAGGAUUUGUUUGAGCAGAAAGCUGCACAGCUGGCAACUGAGAUAGUAGAUAUAAAGUCUAAGUAUGACGAGGAGAAGAGUCUGCGAGAGGCUGGAGAACAAAGAGUGAAGAGCCUGUUGCAGGAUCUUCAGAAGGAGAGAACAGAGAAAGAGAACCUCAAUACUGAGCUGCUUCAGCGGCCUGGUGUGGAAGAUGUUGAGGUUCUGAAGAAGGAGCUGAUCCAGGUCCAGACUGUGAUGGACCAGAUGACCCGGGAAAGCGAGGAGGAAUCCGAGAGGCUCAAGAAUCAGUACAAGCAGCUGCAGGCUGAUUUCACAACCUCUGAGAAAACAAUAUCCCAGUUACGAGCUGAGCUGGCAAAAGGUCCGCAGGAAGUUGCAGUUUAUACCAAGGAGCUGCAGAAACUCCAGAGCUCUCUGAAUGUACUGGAGCAGCAAAACCAGAGUUUCUCAGAAAAGCUGUCAAAGAAGGGGCAAGAGUGUGAGGAAUUGGAGAAGCGUCUGAAUGAGGAGGUGACGAGUAAGAAGGGUCUACAGGCCAGCCUGCAGCAGAAGGAGCUAGACUGCCAGCAGUUGCAGGCUCAGGCCUCGUCGAUGAAGGCCUCCCUCCAGAGAGUGCAGUCUGAGCUGAGCGAGAGGGGGGAGGCUGGCCAGAAGCUGAAGGGGGAGCUCUCCGAGGUGGAGGUCAGGCACCAGCAACUAAAAGCAGAGUUCAAACAGGUCCAGCAGCAGAGAGAUGAGAAGGAGCAGCAAGGCCUGCAGCAGCAGAGUGAGAUCAACCAGCUGCACUCUAAACUGCUGGAGACGGAGCGGCAACUUGGAGAGGUGCAGGGCCGCCUGAAGGAGCAGAGACAGCUCUCUGGAGAGAAGCUGAAGGACAAGGAGCAGCAGGUGGCUGACCUGCAGCUCAAACUCUCCCGUGCAGAAGAGCAGUUAAAGGAAAAUGCAGUAAGCUCGACUGAAUUGCAGCAUCAGUUGGACAAGGCAAGACAACAACAUCAGGAGUUGCAGGGUGUGCAACAAAACACCACCUCCAAACUACGAGAGGCACAGAAUGAUUUGGAACAAGUAUUGCGUCAGAUUGGAGAUAAAGACCAGAAGAUCCAGAACCUGGACGCUCUGCUGCAGAAGAGCAAGGACAGCAUCACCCAGCUGGAAACAGAGCGGGAUGACCUGUGUGCAAAAAUCCAGGCAGGGGAGGGAGAGACAGCCGUGCUCAACCAGCUGCAGGAGAAAAACCACGCUCUGCAGGAGCAGGUUACCCAAUUGACAGACAAGCUUAAGAAUCAGUCAGAGAGCCACAAGCAGGCCCAGGACAAUCUUCAUGAGCAGGUCCAGGAGCAGAAGACCCACUUGAGGGGAGCCCAGGAUCGCUGUCUCUCCCUGGAGACCACCAUCAGUGAGCUCAAUGGACAGAUCACUGAGGGCAAGGAGAAAGUGACCCAACUAGAUUCUCAGUUGAAGGCGAAAACUGAAUUGCUGCUUUCGGCUGAAGCUGCCAAAGCUGCCCAGCGAGCUGAUUUGCAGAACCACCUAGAGACAGCCCAGCAUGCACUGCAGGACAAGCAGCAGGAACUAACCAAAAUCAAGGCUCAGUUGGACCAGGUCAGCACCAAGCUUGAGGAUAAAAAAGAGCAUUGCAGUCAACUGGAGAGCAACCUGAAGGAGAGCAAGGAGAAACUGCUGAACUCAGAGCAGAAGAUUGAGAAACUUGAAGGACAGGUUAAGAAACACGAGGCUGACCUCCAAGAAGUUCAAAUGAACAGAGAGCAGCUUCAACAGGACCUUGAGGAACAGAAGAAGCAGAGUUCAGAAAAAGAGAACAAAGUGAACGAACUCUGCAAGCAGCUUGAUGCAGAAAAGGGAGUUGUAACUACUAUCAAAGAGGAACUGCAAAAGAAGUCCAUUGCUCUUGAAGAAGCAAAGCAACAGCUGACCAAGCAGGAGGAAGACAAGGUCAACCUGAAGCAAGACCUGGAGAAGCUGAGGCAGGAGGCAAAGACGCGUCAGGAGGAACUGAACAACAAAGCUCAAGCCUUGACGGGAAACCUUCAGAAAACUCAGCAGGAGAAAGAGUCCCUAUUGAAAGACCUAGCAGCAAUGAAAGAGAACCUGUCCAAAGUCUCGCAGUCUCUGAAGGAGUCGCAGACACAGCUGGAGAAGCAGAAGCAGAAUGAAAAGGAAGCCUUAGAUCAAAAGGAAAAAUCUCAUCAGAAAGUGAAUCAGGAGCUUCAGAAGAAAGCAGAGUCUGCAGCUAAAGAAGUAAACCAGGUUAAAAGUCUACUGCAGACAAAGGAUGAGGCUGAGAAAGAGUUGAAAUCCCAGCUGGCAUCAGUAAGCACUCAGCUCUUAAAAGUGCAGGAGGGACUGAAGGAGAAGGAGAAAGCACAGCAGCAGCUACAGACAAAGUUAAAAGGAGCACAAGAGUCCUCUACCCAAGAGAUAAAAAAACUGGAGGCGCAGCUAACUGAUUUACAGACGGUUCAUUUGCAGAAGGUUGAGGUGGAGGAGAAAUUAAAAGAGCAGUUAUCACAAGAGUUAAAUGAUGAGAAAGAAAAGUUAACCAAACUUCAGAAAUGCUAUGACAGCACAAAGGAAAGUCAGUCUAAACUGCAAUCUGACUUGUACGGGAAAGAAUCGGAGCUUUCUGCAAUUAGGCAGGACCUAAAGACUACAGAGGAGAAGCUGACAUUGGCUCAGGAAGAACUAGUUACAAACAGGAACCAACUUACCAGCCACAGUCAGUUGAUCCAAGACCUGAAUGCAGCCAAGACUGAGCUGGAGCAGGAUGUGGUAAAGAAGAACGAGCAGAUAAAACAGCAGGUGAAGACUUUACAGGAAGAACAAAAACAAAAGACAAUAAAGGAAGAGGAAUUGAAAAAGGAGAAGUCAACGGCAGCAGAGCUGAAUGAAUUGAAGUCUAAACUGGAGAAGGAAGUGAGCAAGCUGACUGAGGGACAGAGGACGCUCAAAGAACAGUACGAGAAAGAGCUGACAAACCUGAAGGAUGCCAAACAGUUGCUGAUUCAGCAGAAGUUGGAUACACAAGGGGUGGCUGACAGCUUAAGGUCUGCCCUGGAGCAGGAGAAGAAAGACCACAAGACAACCAGGGAGGCCAUUGGUAAAAGAGAGGAAGAACUGAAAAAGGAGCAGACACAGAGAGAGUCUAAACUGAACACAGAGCUGAAGGCUACAGAGGAGCAGAGGAAACGACAUGAGGAGGCAGAGGCCAAGCUGACCAUGCAGAUCACAGCGCUGAACGAGAACAUCGGCACUCUGAAGAAGGAGUGGCAGAGCAGUCAGCGGCGGGUUGGGGAGCUGGAGAAGCAGACGGACGACCUGCGAGGGGAGAUCGCAGUACUCGAGGCCACAGUGCAGAACAACCAGGACGAGAGGAGGGCACUGCUGGAGAGGUGUCUGAAGGGUGAAGGAGAAAUAGAAAAACAUCAAACCAAAAUGAUGGAAAUGAGAAGGAAACUGGACGAUACAACUGCAGCAAUGCAAGAGCUGGGGAGGGAGAAUCAAACACUACAGAUCAAAAACUCACAAGCACUAACCCGGAAAUGGGCUGAAGACAAUGAGGUCCAGAAUUGUAUGGGAUGUGGAAAAGGGUUUUCGGUCACUGUAAGAAAGCAUCACUGUAGACACUGUGGGAAUAUCUUUUGCGGUGAAUGUUCAGCCAGGAAUGCCUUAACCCCUUCAUCCAAGAAGCCUGUGCGAGUCUGCAGCACCUGCUUCGAUGAGCUGCAGUGAUGACAUGCACUCGUGUACUGUUUCAGUUUAAGAAUGAUUUGAUUACUGUAUUGUACAGAGCAUACGGCAUAGGAUCACAGGGACUAAUGGCUUGUAGCGUGUUGAUCUUGGUGGAUUUUUGAGGGCUGAAGGGGUUUUUGAGUUUUGCUAAAGCUUCUGAAUUAUCUGGCGUGCAGUCUAAGUUCAGAGUGCUGAUCGGGAUGUUGGUUGGAUGUGCUGCCUCCUAAAUUGCUCUCUUUAAUCUCUGAUUUGAACCGAUGCAUCUUAAUAAAAGUUAGCUGGCUUUUGGGAAAUGAUAAACACUUCUGUGCAAAAUGUAUGUAUAAAUGUACUAGAGAACAUAGUAAUGAAAAUCUUUCACAUGUUAGUUGUGGAAGCUGGUAAUUGAUUUGUUUUUAAAGGAGUAGUUGGUUCUACAAAUUUAACCUGAUGAACACAUCUCUGGAGGCUUAUCAAGACACCACUAGUUCCCAGCUAGGAAGUAUUUCACCAAAGAUUGCUGUUUGUAGGUAAUCUGGAUCUGUGAGGCCCAGCAUGUUUUUGUAAUAUUAUUCAUGACACUGCCAGGUAGAAAUCAACAGAUUCUACAAACAACAAAUCAAAUUGGUUCCAACUGACUGCUUGUUCACAGUAUUAACCAGUUGCAAAGUUGCUGUUUAUAAAGAUAGAAUAUAUAUAUAUUAAUUUGAUGCUUGCAUUUAUAUAUAUAAUGGUAUAUGCUGACUGGGUAUAACUGUUUUUUAAUUGUAUUCCUUUUAAGUUCUGGUAUAUGCAUAUACAUACAGUUGUUUUAUAAAAUCUAUUUGGUGAUGCUUUUAGACAUGCAAUAUGAUGACAAUACUCAUGAUUAUGUUAGUUGGAUUAGCUGUGGAUAAACCAGAAUGUAAGAUUUAUUUUAAAGAAAAAAAUGUUUUGUUUUUUUUUUAAUUCAGAGGAAUUGUGUUUUAACAAGGGGAAAUUUAUUUCCAGACUCAUUGGACAGUUUUCCUGAAAUGCCAAUCAUUUUCCAUUGGAUUUUGCUGCUAGAGUGUCUGUACGCUUGUCUUGUGCCAUAAAUAUUUCCGAAUUUGAAAGCUGCAGAUCUCCUCUGUGCUAUAGACAACCUUAUUCUUUAAAUGAAUUGCCUUUGUUUGGCAUACUGGCAAAGCAUGUCACAGUUGAAUGCCCAGUUGAGAAUAGUAAUUGGGCUUUUUGCUAAUGUGUCGUACAGUAACAUUUACAGGAAAGCCACGUUCAGCACAGUGUAGUGAUCAAAUUAUUUUGUGUCUACCUCUCAGUUGUAUUUGGGAUUAAGGUACCCUCAAAAGAAUGUCGAAACACAUUAGUUUGUAGUCUAGACUGAUUUCUCCAAAAUUUAUGUAUUUUCUGUGUAACUUUUUUUUUUAUAUUCUUUGCCUAUAUUUCCGUACUACCUACUAUUUAUAUGCACUUUCCUGCAGCAAAUUAUCACAUAGCUGCUUGAGUGCCAUUGACGUCCUCUUUUUAAUUUUAGCCCUCCAGACUUUUAUCAAUCAUGAAAUUUAUGAUCUGAAUUCAUUUGUCCUAAAUAAUAAUGGUAUUCUUUUGUUUAGGCAGUGCCAGAUCAUUGUCCUGUUUUUUUUAUUAUACCGAUUUUUACAUUUUGUUAUCACUGCAAAUUAUGUUAAUAGUGUAAAAAAAAAAAAAAAAAAAGGUUGUAUGAAAUGUGUAAAAUAACAUUGGUAAGAAUUCCACAAUUAAAAGAAAAGGAACGUCAUUGUUGUUUUACAAUACAAUGUUUAUUUAUACAUGAUGACACUACAGACUUAAUUGUAAAAGGGUACACCUACAGUAGAUGUAGAUCUCCAUGCAUGAAACAUCUGUUUCUUUCAUUUGUCAUUUGUGAUCAUGUAGUUGUGCCUUAAGUUGCAAUGCUCUUUUCUUUUCAUUUUGUUUAGUUAAAUGUACAGGCUUCUAUGCUGAUGAAGCGGUUUACUGCCACUUUAAACACAAAUGGAUCAAUGACUUCAAUAAUUAUCAGGAAAGAGUGUUAUUUUUGUCCAGAUGUUACCUUUGUUUUCUAAUUUGCCCACGUGGCUAAGGGUAAAUAAAACUAGGUGUUUCUAUUUUU